AUGGCAAAGUUCACUCAUGAGAGCACAGAAGAACAAGAAGAAGAAAGUUUACAAGAUGAAGUACUAGAUUUUGCACCAACAGCACUGGAUGACUCUUUGCCAGAAGUGGAAGAUCCAUUACAGGAGAUAAACUUAGGAACAGAAAAGGAUCCAAGGCCAACUUUCAUUAGUGCAGUAUUGAAGGAGCCACUCAAGAGUGAAAUCAUUGCACUUUUGCAUGAAUUUAGAGACUGUUUUGCUUGGCAUUAUCAUGAGAUGCCUGGAUUGGACAGAAAACUGGUAAAGCACAAGCUGCCAAUCAAAGAAGGCUACUUCCUAGUCAAGCAGGCCAUAAGAAGAAUGUCUAUGGAAACAUAA